GCGGGAGCGGCCGGGCAGCCCCGGCGGCCGCCGCCUCCUCGUUCCCCGGCUUUGGCGCGGGGAAGGACCGCAGCUAGAGGGAGCUGCUCCGGACCGCGUCUGCCCGUGCGCCCCGGUUCUUUCACAGGCUCCCCCGCCCCUUCCCUCCCUCCUUCCCCCGUGAUGGCGGAGGACAGCGAGUCCGCGGCCAGCCAGCAGAGCCUGGAGCUGGAUGACCAGGACACCUGCGGCAUAGACGGCGACAAUGAGGAGGAGACCGAGCACGCCAAGGGAAGUCCUGGAGGGGAUUUGGGAGCGAAGAAGAAGAAAAAGAAGCAGAAGAGAAAAAAGGAGAAACCAAAUUCUGGAGGCACCAAAUCAGAUUCUGCAUCUGACUCCCAGGAAAUUAAAAUUCAACAACCUUCAAAAAAUCCAGCCAUUCCAAUGCAGAAGCUUCAAGACAUCCAGAGAGCAAUGGAGCUGCUCUCUGCAUGCCAAGGCCCAGCAAAGAAUAUUGAUGAGGCUGCCAAACGUAAAUACCAGUUUUGGGAUACACAACCUGUUCCUAAACUUAAUGAAGUCAUAACUUCACAUGGUGCAAUUGAACCAGAUAAGGACAAUGUCCGCCUAGAGCCAUAUUCUUUGCCACAAGGUUUUAUGUGGGACACAUUGGAUCUUAGCAAUGCUGAAGUUCUGAAGGAGUUAUACACACUAUUAAAUGAGAAUUACGUAGAAGAUGAUGAUAAUAUGUUUAGGUUUGAUUAUUCACCUGAAUUUCUUCUGUGGGCAUUGCGUCCUCCGGGCUGGUUACCGCAGUGGCACUGCGGGGUUAGAGUGUCUUCAAACAAAAAGCUGGUAGGAUUCAUAAGUGCCAUCCCUGCAAAUAUUCGUAUUUAUGACAGUGUGAAGAAAAUGGUAGAAAUCAAUUUUCUGUGUGUCCAUAAGAAACUGAGGUCUAAACGGGUGGCACCUGUAUUGAUUCGGGAAAUAACCAGAAGAGUAAACUUGGAAGGAAUUUUUCAGGCUGUUUACACUGCUGGGGUUGUACUUCCCAAACCUGUGGCUACUUGCAGGUAUUGGCAUCGAUCACUAAAUCCCAGAAAAUUAGUGGAAGUGAAAUUUUCUCAUUUGAGUAGAAACAUGACUCUACAAAGAACAAUGAAGCUCUACAGACUUCCUGAUGCCACAAAGACUUCAGGUUUGAGACCAAUGGAACAAAAAGAUACUAAAGCAGUACAAGAAUUAAUCAAUACUUACUUGAAACAGUUUAAUCUCGCUCCUGUGAUGGAUGAAGAAGAGGUGGCCCACUGGUUCCUGCCUCGGGAUCAUAUUAUUGACACUUAUGUGGUAGAGGGUUCAAAUGGUAUUUUAACAGACUUCCUCAGUUUCUACACAUUACCUUCAACAGUGAUGCAUCAUCCUGUUCAUAAAAGCCUCAAAGCUGCCUAUUCUUUUUACAAUAUUCAUACAGAGACUCCCCUGUUGGACUUAAUGAAUGAUGCACUCAUUAUAGCUAAAUUGAAAGGAUUUGAUGUGUUCAAUGCACUAGACUUAAUGGAAAACAAAACAUUCCUGGAAAAGCUCAAGUUUGGAAUUGGAGAUGGAAAUUUGCAGUAUUACUUGUACAACUGGAGAUGUCCAGGCAUGGAAUCUGAAAAGGUUGGUCUUGUAUUACAAUGAGAACGCUUAUGUUUCUAGAACUCUUGAGGUCAUCCUUUGAGUUAAUUUGAUCUCCAUAACUCUUGAAAUGGUCUUGUUCAAGAGGAGUAAAAGCACAACGUCAGUGAUACUGAAAUAGUCCAUUAAAUCUGAUCAAUGAAGACAUCCACAUGUGACCAAAUUUAUGCAUUUUCAGAUAGAUGAGACGGUUCAUGAAACUCUUCUAUUGUCCAUGAAAAGAAUAAAAAGCACAUUCAUUUAAGUUUCAAAGCUUAGCUUGCACCUGGAUGAGAAGAAGGUAUUUUUUUCCACUCUGUAGAAAAGACUGUUUUGUAUAAACUGAACUUCAGUGGUGGAUUAGGGUACAAAAAUAUUUGCUAUUAUGUGGAUGAACUGCUGCAUUUCUAUUUAUUAAGUGGUGAUGUAUGUAUGUCAGUGUAACAGAAUGAAGGAUACAAACUGGAGUAUCUUUGCUUAUUUACUUAACAUGGAUAUCAUCAUUUGGGGGAAAAUCAUGAAGUAUGAUACCUUUGUAGCUCUAUGAAAGUCCUGGAUGUUUUUGUAACUGGAGCAGUAUGACAGUGUACUGGUUUAUCUAGUGCAUUUGUUUAUCCAUAAGCAACGCUGCCAAAUCAAUAAAAAAAUACAGAUUUGUACUUU